AUGCUGUGAUUGAGAAUUAUUUUUCAAAUAAGUGCAAUUGGGAAACAUCUUCAUUGGCUUCUUCAACUCUUAAAAAAAAGAAUUGGACCAAGAAAAUGAAUAACUUAUCAUUGUAUCUGAAAAUUUACUCUCUGAUCUGUGACCUAAGCCGGCCACCGACGCCCCUAGAGUCGGCGAGACAGCCAGUUCCCACCUAAUAAAUCAAAAACCCCUAAUACCAUUAUCGUAAUUAACCCCAAAUCAAAGGCCAAAAGCUCAGCAUCUUACUUCCAUUCAUCAGUUUGACCCCAAACUCUUUUGACUUCACAAAUUCCCAAAAUCCUCCACCUUAUCAACAGCUUCACGCAGAAUCUCAACUCCCGUGUUUUCCCCUGUUUCUCAUGUCCUCUGCUUCUCCACCAUGAAAACCCUUCUCAUCUUUCUUCUCCUCCUCUCCCUCCGACCCCUCUCCGCCUUCGAUUUCAUCUUCAACGGCUUUAACUCCUCCUCCAACCUCCUCCUCUUCGGCAACGCCACCGUCUCAUCUCAAAUCCUCACUAUCACAAACGCCACCAGCUACUCCAUCGGCCGAGCUCUCUACAAGUCCAAAAUCCCAACCAAAGCUCCGAACUCUUCAUACAUCUACCCUUUCUCGACCUCCUUCGUCUUCUCCAUCGCUCCUGACAAGAACACUCUCCCCGGCCACGGCAUGGUCUUCAUCUUCACGCCCGCCGAGGGCAUAAACGGAACCAGCGCCAGCGAGCAUUUAGGGUUGCUCAACUUCACAAACAGAGGCCAGUCGACGAACCACGUUUUUGGGGUCGAGUUCGAUGUAUUUAAGAACGAGGAGUUUAAGGACAUUAGUAACAACCACGUCGGAAUUGAUGUGAACUCAUUGGAGUCGGUUAAUGCAUCCGAAGCCGGGUAUUGGAGUGAGGAUAAGGUUUUCAAGAAGUUGAAGCUCAACAAUGGUGAGAAUUACCAGGCUUGGAUUGAUUAUAGGGAUUCGGUGAUUAAUGUGACUAUGGUGAAAGCUGGGAUGGCGAAGCCGAAGACUCCGUUGUUGAGUUAUGUUUAUAAUCUUUCUGAUGUUUUGGAGGAUGAAAUGUUUGUCGGCUUCACAGGCUCAACGGGGCAAUUAGUCGAAAGUCACAUGAUUUUGGCUUGGAGUUUCAGCAAUACUAAUUUUUCUUUGGGUGAGAGUUUGAUCACUUCUGGCUUGCCUAAUUUUGUGCUUCCUGAGGCUUCGAUUUUUAAGUCUAAAGGGUUUAUUGCUGGAGUUACAGUUGGGGGUUUGUUUGUAGUUUGUGUGAUUGCUCUGUUUACUCUGUUUUUGGUUAAGAGAAAAAGGAGGAUGAAAAGGGAGAGAGGUGAAAUGGAGGAUUGGGAAUUAGAGUAUUGGCCUCACCGGAUUACUUAUUCGGAAAUUGAGGCGGCGACGAAGGGGUUUCGGGAAGAAAAUGUGAUUGGAAUUGGAGGGAAUGGGAAGGUGUACAAGGGUGUUUUGGCAGGAGGGGCAGAGGUUGCGGUGAAGAGAAUUUCACAUGAGAAUAAUGGAAUGAGAGAGUUCUUGGCUGAGAUUUCAAGCAUUGGGAGAUUGAAGCAUAGAAAUUUGGUGGGAUUGAGAGGUUGGUGUAAGAAAGAGAAGGGGAAUUUCAUGUUGGUCUAUGAUUAUAUGGAAAAUGGGAGUUUGGAUAAGUUGAUUUUUGAUUGUGAUGAGAGUAAGAUGUUGGGUUUUGAAGACAGGAUUAGGGUUUUGAGAGAUGUGGCUUCUGGGGUUUUGUACUUACAUGAAGGAUGGGAAUCUAAAGUGUUGCACAGGGACAUUAAGGCAAGCAAUGUGUUACUUGAUAGGGAAAUGAAUGGAAGGUUAGGGGAUUUCGGGUUGGCGAGGAUGCACGGGCAUGGUGAUGUGCCCGGCACUACUCGGGUGGUAGGAACCGUGGGGUACUUGGCCCCGGAAAUCAUUCACGUAGGGCGAGCGUCCGCCCAGACGGACGUUUUCGGGUUCGGGAUCUUGAUUUUAGAAGUGAUGUGUGGGAGGAGGCCUAUAGAGGAAGGGAAGCCACCCUUGGUGGAAUGGGUGUGGCAACUCAUGGUGAAAGGGCAAUUGCUAAAUGCGUUUGAUGAGAGGUUGAGGGGCAGAGGUUUGGGGUUAAGUGAAGAGGAGGUGGAGAGAGUUUUACAUUUGGGUUUGUUGUGUGCUUACCCCGAGCCAAAUGCAAGACCAUCAAUGAGGCAAGUGGUGAAAGUUUUGGAGGGGAAGAAUGACAAUGAGGGCUGCGAUGAGUCUGAAACUGAGGAAAUGGAUGCUUAUUUGGUUCAGAAAUUGCAAUCCAAGGACACGUGGUCUGAGUUUUCACAUAAUUUUGGUUAUGGAUUAUCAUCACACCCAACUUUUCAAGAUAUCAAGCAGUCAAUAUCCAACUCAAUGUCUCUCUCUUGGUCCAGUACUAAUAUAGUGGAGGGAUUUGCUGUGGGGUAAAGCUGCUACAACUCAGGCAUCAUUAGCUAGGAAAGUAGGAAUCAUGCUGUUUCGUUCAUAUUGAUGAAAGGAAACGAUGCUCAAAUAUGAUAGCUAUGUUUUUAGAUAGGAAGGUUGGUAGAAGUAGAAUGAUCAACUUGAAAAGCAGCUAAAAAUGAUAUAUUCAAUAAAAUGUUGGGCCCGAUUGAGUCUGAAUCAUUUCGAUUGUGGAAUAAGAUAAGCUUAUCAUAACUA